ACGGUUGCGCGUCAACGAAACAGUACGGAAACAAACUAAGCAAACGGGAAUGACUGGUCUUAAAAUUACAUUUGGUACUGAAACCGCAGUAAUAAAGAAUGGCACGAAGGACCGCGUUGCUCAUUUGAACCUUUCAGUUUGUCCCAGAACGGACAAAGCCAGUUUUCUUCUUUUUCUUAGCCUAUAUAUUUUAAAUUAUUGCUUUGAGUAAUUGCCACUGAAUUAUCUUGUGUUGGUGUGUGAGUGUGUGGAUAUAUAUCGGAACAACUAAACAACGUUUACUACUAGAAAUUCAACAAUGAAUUCAUUUCGCUUUGCUUUCAUAUGCAGUUGUGCAUUAUUUUUUUGGAUCGAUAAAAUCUCGGGCGACACCAAAACAGACAAACCGAAGCCGAACUGUACAGAAGACUUCAAAAAGGGGCGAGAGGACUUUGUUCUAAAUACGGAAGAAUCUGUAAAACAAGGCGCUACUUACAUUGCAAACCCAGCUGCACAAGGGCACAACGACUGUGUGAAUUCAUGUUGCCAAGAAAGAAACUGCAACCUGGUCUUGAUAGAAGCCGGUCCCGAGGAGGACUCUGUUAGAAAUUGUUUUCUGUUUGAUUGUUUGUAUAGGAAUAAGUUCAUUUGCCAUUUUGUGAAAAAAACAGGCUUCAGGAAUUACAUUAUGGACUCUGUUUAUAAGCAUUACCUGGCCUGGCCCACUGCACUUGCUGGUAAGGCGGACAAGCCUCCCAUAGCAAAUGCUGGGCCAGACCUGGUGGUCAGGCCUGGUCAUCUUGUCACUCUCAAUGGAAUUGAGAGCUGGGAUGACAAAAAGAUCAUUAGCUACAAAUGGGAACUUCUCAGUGGAAACAACUCUGUAGUGACAGAGAAAACAAAUCUGCCAGAUCAGCUGGUGUUGUCCAACCUACAGUCUGGAGUUUACAACUUCCAGCUUAAAGUCACUGAUUCAGCUGAUCAGUCAGACGCAACAUCAGUCACUGUGCUAGUUCUUUCAGUGGAACAGUCUGAGCUUCAGUGUUUGACCCCCAAAAAAGAUGGUCCCUGUCGAGGAUCCUUCUCUCGCUGGCACUACAAUGCUGCAUCCAACAGAUGUGAGGAGUUCACUUUUGGAGGCUGCAAGGCAAACAAAAACAACUACCUCUCUCACCAAGAAUGCUCUGAUGCAUGUAAUGGCACCUCAGGGACUCUGGAAGGGAGGAAAAUUCAGGUAUUCACUGAAGUGUGUAGCUCACCUUGUAGGGAGGGCCAGUUCACCUGCUCCAACGGCUGCUGCUUGGAAAAGGGUUUGGAGUGUGAUGGCCAGAGGCACUGCAGUGACAACUCAGAUGAGGAAAGUUGCCAGCACUUGAACAGUUCCCUUGCCCAGUUACUGAAUAUUGACAUGAAUGAAGAGAAAGCGCGCUGUGUGGAUCCCCCGAUCACAGGCCCCUGCAGAGCCAGUAUGCCACGCUGGUACUAUGACCCCCUCAACCUCAAGUGUCAUCGUUUCAUCUAUGGAGGCUGUAGUGGCAAUAAAAACAAUUUUGACAAGAAGGACACCUGUAUGAAGGCCUGCUCGGAUGUUACAGAAAAAGAUGUCUUUGCCUGGGGAGUGUUUGAGCGUACUGAACGCACUGAACAUCAUUCAGGUUAUGUGGGCACAGCAGUAGUACUGUCUGUGGCUAUUUUAGCCCUGUUGGCUGUACUGGGAUACUGCAUCCAGAAAAAGAGGAAGAAGGAAUCUGAGCGCCGGUGUGUGCCCACUGCCACCAUGCCUGUUCCUCUCACUGAGGACACACGGCACCUGGUAUACAAGCCCACAAGAACAUGAUAUGAACUCACACUGUUAUAAAACAUUAUUUUCAUUAUCUUCAUUAUAUUUUCAUGAUGUCUACUUUCAUGACACAAAAUGUAACAUUUUAUGUAUAGUGCUACUAUAUAGUCAUGAGGGCAUAACAAAAAAGUUCAUACAGUCACAAUAAUAAUGUGUAAAAGGGUUGGAUGAAAAUAAAAAUAUUUAGCAUGUGACUUAAUUAAAAGUUCAUUUGUAACUUCCUUGUCAGUAAGAUUUCUAGUCCCACUCUUGUGCCAUUCAAGCAUACCUUUUGUCUUUGUAUUCGAAAGAAAAAUUGACCCUCAAAAGGAGGUUUCAUGGGUUUCAUGUAUUGUUUCGAAUGAAACCUUGUUUACAUUGUAUUUUCAUACAUUCACAAUCAUAAUAGGAUUGGUUUUGUACAGGUUUAAAUUCUAUUUUCAUAGUUUCUCCCUCAGUACAUGUUUAAUUAUGUUUCUUGUGGUUCCUUGUUAUAUAUCCAAUAUUGUAUGGACAUGCUAUAUCUUAAUGGGUAUGUAGUGCAACACUUUUUGGUAUAAUUAUGUUGAUAAGAUAAUUGUCUUUUUAACAAAUUAAGACCAUUUCAGUCUGCUUACACUUAGAUUUUUGGUUAUAAGAUGUUGCAAUGUGGAAUGUUAUGUUUUGGCUCCAUCAGAUUAUCUGAAACUUCCUUAUUUCAAGUUUGUAUUAUUUCAGAAUCUAAGGAAUGAAAGUUCCUGCAAUAAUCUCUGGUGGUUUUAAGUCAAUAUCACUUGAUUUACUCUUUUAUAUCCUUCCAUGUGCAUUUUUUUUUUUUUUUUUUUUAGUACUGCAGUAUUGCUGAAGAGGGCAGAUUCUUUGUAAGCAUCAACAUUGUGCAUGCCAGACAACUAAAUGUGAUGUAUGAAAAAUCAUUCUAGGAACAAAAAAGAUCACGGGCAAUCCAACACCUUGCAAUAACUACUCAAAUAUUUUUAUAGUGAGUUUAUUAUUUGUGAUUGUGCAUGCAAUGCUCAAUCACUAUUGUUAUCCAACAGUAUAUAUUUCUUAUAAUUAUUUAACUUAUUCCUCAGUUUUUGAGAUAAGACAGAACCAACUGCAGAGUGUUAUGUCUGAUUUGCUUUUUGAAUGGAUGUAUGGAAUCCACAAAGCAGCCAACUUUUUCCCAUAGGGAAAGAUUAAUGCAACUCUGGAUAGAAAUAAAUGUUAUGACAUUGCAGAAGCUUGUGGAAAU